AAACUGAUCUCUCUCUCUCUCUGUGCGAUUUCAGGAAAAUGGCCGAGGCCAGUAUUUCAGUAGAUCAGCUUUCUGUGGACCAGUUCAUGUGUCCAGUGUGUCUGGAUCUCCUGAAGGAUCCGGUGACUAUCCUCUGUGGUCACAGUUUCUGUAAGGUGUGUAUUAAUGGCUGCUGGGAUCAGGAGGAUCAGAAGGGCGUCUACAGCUGUCCUCAGUGCAGAGACACUUUCACGACAAGGCCUGUUCUACGCAGAAACAACAUGCUGGAUGAAGUGGUGGAGAAACUGAAGAAGACUGAAGUCCAAGCUGCUUCUCCUGCUCACUGUUACGCUGGACCUGGAGAUGUGGAGUGUGAUUUCUGCACCGGGAGAAAACACAAAGCCGUCAAGUCCUGUCUGAUUUGUUUGACUUCAUUUUGUGAAAUUCAUCUGAAACCUCAUCUUGAACGUCCUGCUUUGAAAAAACACACAUUAAUUGAAGCCUCAGCAAAACUCCAAGAGAAGAUCUGCUCUGAACAUAACAAGCUGAUUGAGAUCUACUGUCGUACUGAUCAAACCUGCAUCUGUUAUUUGUGCAUGUUGGAGAAACAUAAAAACCAUGACGCUGUUUCAGUUGCAACAGAAAGAGCUGAGAAACAGAGUGAGUUAAAGGAGGAGCAGAUGAAAUCCCAGCAGAGAAUCCAGGAGAAGCAGAAGAAGGUGCAGGAGCUGAAACAGGCUGUGAACACUAUAAAGCUCAGUGCACAGACAGCAGUGGAGGACAGUGAGAGGAUCUUUACUGAGCUGAUCAGCUCCAUGGAGAAAAAGCGCUGGGAGGUGACGGAGCUGAUCAGAGAUCAGGAGAAGGCUGAACUGAGUCGAGCUGAACGACUCCUGGAGCAACUGGAGCAGGAGAUUGCUGAUCUUCAGAGGAGAGUCACUGAGCUGGAGCAGCUUUCACACACACACGAUCACAUCCAUUUCCUCCAGGUAACACUCACUGUUUUAGCUUUUGGACGUCAGUCUCCUCCAUGGGGCAGACCAAAUUUUCACACAUCCAGCGUCACUGUCCAGCAUCUCUCAUUUGAUGGAGUGAGGAAUUCUCUCUCAGAUCUGAAAAAGAGACUCGAGGAAUUCUGUGAGGAGGAAUUCAACAAAAUCCCUCCACAUGCUGCAGCAGUUCAGAUCAUUUCAGAACCAGAACCACAGAGCAGAGAAGAGUUUCUGAAAUAUUUCUGUUAUCUGACUCUGGAUCCCAACACGGCACAUCGUCGCCUCAUUCUGUCUGAGAAGAACAGAGCGGUGAGAAACACUGAGAUAAAGCAGCGUUACUCUGAACAUCCAGAGAGAUUUGAUUACUGGGAUCAGGUGUUGUGUAAGGAGAGUGUGUGUGGACGCUGUUACUGGGAGGUGGAGUGGAGCGGUGCUGGUGGUGUUGUGGACAUAUCAGUCUCGUAUAAAGAUAUCAGCAGGAAAGCACUGGGUAAUGAGUGUGGGUUUGGAUUCAACAAUCAGUCCUGGAGUCUGCGGUGUUCUUCUUUUUCUUCUCUCUCUUUCUAUCACAACAACAUUAAGACUGUUCUCAGAGUUCCAUCAGCCUCCAGAAUAGGAGUGUAUGUGGAUCACAGUGCAGGAACUCUGUCCUUCUACAGCGUCUCUGACACGAUGAAGCUCCUCCACAGAGUCCACACCACAUUCACUCAGCCUCUAUACGCUGGGUUUGGACCCUACUGGUUUUCUGGUUCUACAGUGAGAUUGUGUGAUCCAGAAUAAAAGUGUGUAGUGUUUUCUGUAAAA